UCGCUCACAAGCCUGCGGCUUUGAGCGGUUCCGGCGACCUCACGUGAGGAUACGUGACCAAUCACGGUGUCUGAUACGCCGAGAAACGAACUUCCGUUUUCCGGUAGGCAAAAUGGCGGCUUUCAGAGGCUACCGGUUGCUGUGCAACGGCCGGCUUCUUCACAGCGAGGCCGCGGCGGCCGAGACGGUGACACCGGCGCCGCCUCCCUCUCUGUACCCGCCUGUGGUGGCCUCUCUGACGGCCAAGAGCAAAGCGGCCAAACUCCGGCGACGGGAGAUGUUUUAUCAGCAAGUCCAUGAGGCGCCCACCGUGGAGGAGAAGCUGCGGGUCUUUGGGAGGAUGCAGCGCCUCAAGUACGUGGUCUACCCGCAGACGUGGGCGAUCAACGCCGACCGCUGGUACCAGAGCUUCACCAAGACGGUCUUCGUGCCCGGGUUGCCGACCCUGGAAGACGCAGCGGCGGCUGAAAACGGGGAAGCGGGCGGCGUGGAUAUGGCCGAGUUGCGCUCCUUGGUGUGCAGCGUGCUGCUCCAGGAACACUUCUACCAGCGCAAGAAGACGCCUUACCUCUUCCGUGCCAUCGACCAGGGGCCGUCGCCCUUCCUCACCCACCUGAUGCCUGCCCUCACUACCCGCCUGGUCGGCCUCAACCGGAUCCUCGCUUCCUCCUCCGCUGAUUUUAAGCCAGAAGUAAAUUUCUAUUGGCUGCGUGGUGAAGUACGAGUACAUAAGGGACAUCGGAAGGGUACAAUUGAUCCAGUGAGAUUUCAGAUAGAUGAUAAACCUCACUGUCAACUUCGGAUACCAAAACAGCUUUCAGAGUUUGUCCCUCUGGACUAUGUGGCCCCUGGAGAGAUUCCUGUUAUCAAUGUUUUACCUGACAAACUUCCACUGUUCAAAAGGCAAUAUGACAACAAAAUAUUUAUAGGUUCAAAGGUAGCAGAUCCCUGCACAUAUGGCCAUACACAAUUUCAUUUGUUGCCUGACAGACUGAACAGAGAGAGACUGAAAAGAUUAGGUAUCGCUGAUCAGAUUGAAGUUGCCUACCGUGCCAAUGGAAUUGCAAGUCUUUUUGCAUGGACUGGAGCACAAGCAAUGUACCAGGGAUUCUGGAGUCAGGCAGAUGUAACUCGGCCCUUUGUAUCUCAGGCUGUGGUUAGUGAUGGAAGAUAUUUUGCCUUCUUUUGUUACCAGUUGAAUACUUUGGCUCUAACUGUAGAAGCUGACAAAGAUAACUCCAGGAAAAAUAUUUGCUGGGGAACUGAAAGUAAGCCCCUGUAUGAAGCAAUAGAAGGUGAUGAUGUGAAAGGGUUUGAUGAUGAAGUUCUACUUCAGUUGAUCAAAUUUCUAUUGAACAGACCGAAAUAAUUGUAACUCCAAAUUCAGAUAAUCAAAGGCAUCUGAAAGGCUAAAACAGUCCUCCAUUGCUUAAGCAGAAAAUGCUGUCUGGAUUACGAGGGUAUAAUUGGUUGGACAAUAGAUUUGCACAUUGCUUUCAGGA